GUUUCAAUAUGCGCCUGCAAAGCAGAGAGAAAAAAUGGCGGAUCACAGGAGGAGCUGCUUAGGGUCCCGGCGACUUUUCGGUUUGCGACAGACAGUCACGUUUAUGUUUGCCAUUGUUGGUUUUCUUUCUGUCGAGCCCGGAAGCGCCACCACUCAUUGGGUUGUGACAGAGGAUGGGAAAAUUCAACAGCAAGUGGAUUCGCCCAUGAACCUGAAACACCCACACGAUCUUGUUAUUUUCAUGAGACAAGAGACCCGUGUGAACUACCUCAAGGACCUGGAGAAGCAGCUUGUCGCCCAGAAGAUCCACAUUGAGGAGAAUGAGGACCGGGAUACUGGGCUGGAGCAGCGGCAUUACAAGGAGGACCCCGACUGCAUGACAGCCAAGGUGCCUCUGGGGGACCUGGACCUGUACGAUGGCACCUACAUCUCUCUGGAGAGCAAAGACAUCAGCCCGGAGGACUAUGUGGAUUUCCGAGCACCGUUACCUCCAGGGCUGGAGAAGCCGGACUGCGGCAGGAUUCUUGAGCUGCCGUACAGCAUCCAUGCUUUCCAGCACCUCCGGGGCAUACAGGAGCGCGGGAACCUGACGUCCCCACUGCUCUCCAAGGAGGACCCCAUCUUCAUCGCCCUGUCCAAUAAGCUGGGUCGCAGCGUGGACGAGGCAGGUCACCGGAUACACCAGGGUCUGCUGAGGAACUCCUCCUCCUGGGUGCUUUACAACCUGGCGUCUUUCUACUGGCGCAUAAAGAACGAACCCAGACAUGCAGUGGACUGCGCGGUCCGGGCCCUGCACUUCUCGCCCAGGCAGCACAAGGACGUGGCGCUGCUGAAUAUGGCCAACGUCCUGCACCGAGCUCACUUCUCUGCGGACGCCGCCAUUCUGGCUCACGCCGCCUUGGACCUCACGGCUGACCUCUUUACCAGCCACUACACGCUGGGGAACAUCUACGCCAUGCUGGGGGAAUAUAACCAUUCAGUGCUCUGCUAUGACCAGGCCUUGCAGGCGCGCUCCGGGAUCGAGCAGGCGCUGCGUCGCAAGCACGCAGUCCUCUGCCAGCAGAAGCUGGAGCAGCGACUGGAGGCCCAGCAUCGGUCCCUGCAGCGCACGCUGAACGAGCUGAAGGAGUAUCAGAAGCAGCAUGACCAUUACCUCCGCCAGCAGGAGGCGCUGGAGAAACACAAGCUCAUUCAGGAGGAGCAGAUCCUGCGCAACAUCAUCCAUGAGACGCAGAUGGCCAAGGAGGCUCAGCUGGGGAACCACCAGGUGUGUCGCUUAGGCCAGCAGGGCUGGCUCCUGUGCCCCUUUGACCUGCCCGUGCGCUACCAUCGCGGGGACGUCUUUGAGAGCGUUCACUCAAUUCAGUUCGGCGAUGGGAUGUCUGUGGCUGGUAGUACGGCCAUGAGUUCAGAGCUCACCCUCAACGAGACACGUCGGCCCCAACCCUACGCCUCCGUAUCGGGGGGGGAGGAGCUCACCUCCCUCUGGGACAGGGAGGCGUCAUCUUCGGCGGAGAGCCAGGCUGAGUUGUGGCCGAGGAGAGCAGACUGUGCCGACCGAUUCCCAGCCGUGCCCCCGGCUCACCUGCUACCCACCUUUUACCUCGAACCUGAGACCCGCGGCUUCAGGCUUCGCAGCAUACUGUACAAGGAUUUGUCCCCAGCCACUGUGCCGGUCACCCCAAGCUGUGGGCCUGGUCCCCAGCCUCUUCCCCAGGACCUGCCACUGCCAGUGGGGCGGCAGCUUCCAGAUGCCCAAGCCUCCCAGGUGCUUCUGUCUCGCUGUGGUGGCCUCAGCAUGGACCAGGCCGGAUCGCUCAUAGCCCAGGCUCUGGAGACGUCUAGCGCCCCCCGGUGGCUCGUGCAGAAUGAGGCGGCACUGUUCUGGCGUGCCAAAGGGAAUGCCACCCGCGCGCUGUCCUGCCUGCGCCACGCCCUGCGUGCGGCCCCACCGCAGCAUCGUGACCUCUGCCUGCUCAAUGCCGCCAAUCUGCUACUGCACCAUGGACUGCCAGAGGAAGCCGACCCUCUGCUGCGGGAGGCUUUGGCUCUCAAUGCUUCUGAGCCUCUGUCCUUGCUGAGCCAGGUCACCAUGUACCUCUCCCAGGGGAACCUCAGAGCCGCACUGGGGGUGUUUCGUCGUGCUCUGUCCCUGCAGGCCAGCUGUGGGCAGUGUCGCACCAGCCUGCCCCUCCUGCGCUGCCUGCAGUUCUACCCGUUCCUGUACAACCUGACACGCCCCCCCUGUCCCGAUGGCUCUCGGUGCGUCGAAGAUGACCAUGAGCUGGCGCAGGAAGGGGAGGCCAGACACUCUGGGGAGAACACAGACCAGGGUGCAGCGACCCAGCCUGUGUCUAUCCAGACCGAUGAGGACCCCCUCCUCUUCGAGACUCCCCAGGCAGUGGUACUUGAUAGUAACGGGUCCGGGGAACUCGGGCAACAGGACAGAAAUCACCGGCCAGAGGUGAAGGGUGAGGAGGAAGCACGGCAGCUGAAGGAGGAGCUGAUGGGGGCCUUUGAGGGGGCACUGGAUGGAGGGGGCCCACGUGGCGACCUCAGGGGCAUCCGCGUUCUGCAGAGCGAUGGUGGCAUGGCCGGGCAAAGUGGUGGGCCCUGCUUUGGAAACUGCGAGGACGACGAGGGUGCGGAAUGGAUCACAUUCCAGGUGAAGCGAGUGCGGAAGCCCAAGGCAGAGUCGUCAGAGAAUGUGAUCGGGGAGGAAGAGCCCCACCAGGAGGAGCCGCCCAUCAGACAUUCCAUCCUAGAGAUUAGCGGGCCCACUAUCCCCUCCCCAGGACCAUCAGCAUCACGGAGCAUAUCGACUUCGCCACGCCCCUGCAGGAGCCGGCAGCAGAGCCCGUGUGCAAUGCCAACCUCCCCGCCAGCAUGCAUACCCUGGAUCACCUGGGGGGUGUUUCUAACCGUGCGGGCAUCCACUACACAGGCGAGAGCCAGCUUCGUGAGGUUCUGCAAAAUCUGGGCAAGGACAAGUUCUCCCCCCAGUCCUUUGAGCUGGUGGGCACCCGCAUCGCCAAGGUUCUAGAGAAGAACCAAACAUCAUGGGUGCUUUCCAGCAUGGCUGCUUUGUACUGGCGGGUCAAAGGUCAAGGCAAACGAGCAAUUGACUGCCUACGGCAGGCACUCAACCACGCACCACACCACAUGAAGGACGUGCCGCUCAUUAGCCUGG